AUGGGGAUCAUUAACUGGAUGCAGAGUCGCUUCAAUGGUAAGCCAGAGAAGAGACGAUCCGAGGCCGCCGUCGUGUGCUCAGCUCGCGAUAUCCAUGUCCGAGAAAGCUGCGGCCAAGAUCACGCUCGCGAGGAGAAGAACCCCAACGGCGACUGGCCACAGGGCCUCCUCUCCAUCGGGACGCUCGGGAACGAGGAGGCAGCGGAGACGGAGGGAGGCCCGCGCGCGUCGCAGGCCGACGUGCCGGACUUCACCAUCGAGGAGGUGAAGAAGCUGCAGGACGCGCUGAACAAGCUGCUCCGGCGCGCCAAGUCAAAGUCCAGCGCCCGCGGGUCAGGGGCCACCGACGAGGACCGCGCCAACCAGCUGCCGCUCGACAGGUUCCUCAACUGCCCCUCCAGCCUCGAGGUGGACCGGAGGAUCUCCCUGAAGCACGCGGCCGACGGAGAGAACGGCGAGUUCUCGCCGAACACGCAGAUCAUACUGAGCAAGGCCAGGGACCUCCUCGUCAACAGCAACGGCGCCACCAUCAAACAGAAGUCCUUCAAGUUCCUCCUCAAGAAGAUGUUCGUCUGCCGCGGCGGUUUCGAGCCCGCAUCGAGCUUGAAGGAUCCAGUCGAAUCAAGAAUGGAGAAGUUGUUUAGGACGAUGCUUCAGAAGAAGAUGAAUGCUCGCCCGAGCAAUGCCAAUGCGGCGUCAUCGAGGAAGUACUAUCUAGAGGACAAACCGAGCGGGAGGAUGAAAAGGGAUCGCCGUCUCGAUGAAGAGGAUGACAAGGGCUCUGAUAGCUUUAAGUGGGACAAGACAGAUUCAGACUUCAUUGUUCUGGAGAUUUAAAACGAGAUCACAAGUUCAAGGUCGUUAUUGUACGCACGGCGCUUACAUUCAUGUGAUGGUCCUGACGAAGCAGAAAAUUCUCAUUUUGUGGUGCCAAUGUGCCAUAAUAAUCCCUACUGAAGGUUCAAUUGAUCAACGGCGAUUAUUCGAUCAGACAGGAUAUAAUGCACCAGAGUGCGUACUACUGAAUGAAGAUUACAAUUCACUCGGUCGGCGGGCUUGUUCAAGAGCAAUAUUUGAGCUGUUCAUAGGAAGAAUUUUCAGCUUCGUUUUACUUCUCUUUCCCGUCUAAUCAUCAGAUGCCAGAUAUGUUAAUGUUUCAUAUAUUAUCCUGUAUAGUUCUUUUUCACCCAGUGGGGUUAAAAGAAGUUUCAGUUAGUGAUCAACCUCAUGUUCUAUUCUAAUGUGGUGGCCCAUCUCAAGAACACGGUCUUCCUCACCAAGCAUGAUUGCAUGAAAAUUAUAUAUACCUGAAUGUACAGAAGUAGCAUUGCAAGUAGGGU